CGACUAGAUAAAAACAAAAUGAGAAGUUGCCUAGGAUAUCAAAACCCGUGGAAUUAGACCUUGGUCGGCCGCUAUAUUAAAAACGCCAUCUUGAGUUAUACUUGGCUAAAGAUGGGUUAGUUAAUACAAGCUGUGCAAUCAAAUUAAUAACCCACACGGUGUAACAUCAGCUGUCAUGGAUCAAAAUUUCACUUCACUGGAGCAACGGGCAUUGCAAGCAGAAAACGGUUAAUGGACGAGCUAAAACUCAAAUGAAAGCAUCGAAAGCGAGAUCCUUAUCGUCCGACAUUUGUUGUCGUCUACCAUAAGCUGCAAGGAACUUCUUCUACAUCGAGCCUGGUCGAGACGUCACUUGAACUUCGGGGACGAAGUUAUUCGAAGGGGGGAGGAUUGAUGCAUUCAAGCAUUAUCAAGUAGUGUACGUAAUUGCUCUAUUAUUAUUAGUUCUAGUCUCCAUAAUAGUUGUUCGUUGGAUCAUUUGAGAUAUUCGUAUUAGUUUAUGUCUAGAAUUAUUAUUGUUUAUUGUGUAUUGUCUAGAGAGUUAUUAUUUACCUGUUGAUUUAAGAUUUGUUUAUCGUAUCUUAAGAAAAAAAAGUUUGUGGGACUAGUGCUAUAAAUAUGUACUUUGCCUUUACGUUUUUAUUAUGAAUGAGAAGUCAAGUAAUUUAGCAGAAAUUAACUGUAGUUUUAUCUCGAUACUUAUAAGUAGGAUAGCAUUUCUUGCCGAAUCCCCGUUGUCCAUGAUUUUGCGUGCUAUUCAUGGAGAUACAGUUCCACUAAUAUCUAAUUGCCACGUUCUAUUCAUUGUAUAAAACUAUUGUAUUGGUAUAUAUAUAUAUAUAUUGUAGUCGCAGCAGCAGCUGGGAGGUAAUUUGUCCCCGUCAAAAGCCACGUUUUUUUCCAAUGGAAAACAACACAAACAAUGACCCAAUUUUGGUUUUAUAUUAUGCGAUCUGGGAGAAGUACAAAAUAGGUUACUUCAGAUCCAAAACAGAGAACUGAAGAAGGAAAAGCGACUUCUGACUUGUAAUUAGUUACUGGGUCGCUACACUCAUGCCCGCUUCCAAUAGCUCCAUUCCUCCUUCCUUUCCAAUCCUUCCCCACCAUCACUCAACUUUUCGUCCGUUCCCAAUCCACUCAUCAAUUUCCAUUUCUGCUCAUUUUAGUCCACUUUAGAGAAACCCACCACCCUGCCAUUUGUCCUAUAAUUGCUUGACCAUCCCCUCCAAAAUAUCAUUUGUCUUCCCUUUCCCUAUCAAAACCAACAAAUUAUUAUUAUGAUAUAAUAAUAAUAAUCCUUUCCCGUCUAAAUUUUAUAUAAUGAAUAUGAAAGCUAUGGAGGAAGACUAGUGGGCCGGGCGAGAAUGCUAAGAUAGAGUAAUUAAAAUUGAAUUAGGUUGAUUGAAAUGUAACUAAUGCGAUGCUCACAUCUCAAUUCCCAAGCUCCCUCUUCCCUUUUAAAACUUCUCCCUUUUUUCUCCCUUCACCCACAACAUCAAUUUAAAGUUCAAGAAUCUUGUCAAAACGAAAACAAUAGAAGUCAAGUCAUCAUAGCAACUUUAAAGAAAAAAGGGGGAGAUGAAGAGCAACAACAACGGCAAUGGCAACACAAAGCUCAUCCUCCUCCAUCCUUACAUCCAAAAGCAAGGCACCUCUAAUCGGGUAUGGCUCCUCGCGGUCCUCACCUUCUUCACCGUCGUCUUCCUACUCACCUUGAUCUACACUCGUGACGCCCUGGUCAGGUCCCCCAGAUCCUCAAUGAGAUCUGUGGUCCCCACGACUUCUUCUUCUUCUUCUUGGUCGGAGGGGAUAGUAGCUGCAGGUGGUGGGGCGGCAGCAGCAACAUCAGUCGGUGCUGUUGCUGUCCCACCGCCUCUCCCCACGAGCGUGAUCAGCACGCUCGUGCACUACGCGUCCCGCUCCAACGAGAGCUUCCACAUGACCCACCCCGAGCUCAAGUCGAUCUCGGAUGUCCUCCGCAAGUGCUCCCACCCUUGCAACUUCCUCGUGUUCGGGCUGACCCACGAGACCCUCCUCUGGAAGGCCCUCAACUACCACGGUCGGACCGUGGUGGUCGAGGAGAACCGCUACUACGCGGCCUACUUCGAGGAGCUCCACCCGGACAUCGACGUGUUCGAUGUCCAGUACACGACGCGGGCCGGCGAGAUGGACGAGCUCCUCGCCUCGGCGAGGGAGCUCGCCCAUCAGGAAUGCCGGCCCGUGCAGAACCUGUUGUUCUCGGAGUGCAGGCUCGCGAUCAACGACCUCCCUAACCACAUGUACGACGUGGACUGGGACGUGAUCCUCGUCGACGGGCCCCGCGGCGAGGGAGCCGAGGCGCCCGGGAGGAUGAUGUCGAUAUUCACGGCGGGAGUGCUGGCCAGGAGCAAGAAAGUUGGUGGGAAGACGCAUGUGUUCGUCCACGAUUACUACAGGGAUGUGGAGCAGAUUUGUGGGGAUGAGUUUCUGUGUGGGGAGAAUUUGGUGGAGGCGAUUAACGGGAUGUUGGCCCAUUUCGUGGUGGAGAGGAUGGAGAAGGAUAGCUUCCAGUUCUGCCGGGAACAAAAUGGGACGGCGGCGGCGGCGGCAGCGGCGGCGAGAUCAGGUUUUUAAUUAGAGCUGGUUUGAGGAAAUGGGGGAAGUUUGUCCUUUUUCGUAUAGCUUGAAUUCUUGUGGGGAGGCAAAGGGAAAAUGUGGUUAUUUAAGAUGGGUCUUUACUCUUUUAUUUCUUUGUAACUUGUAAGUAAAAAGAAUGUGAAGGAAAUAAUCGUCUUUCUUUUUUGGGAAAUGCAAAGCAAGGUCUCCUAUCAAAGUUCUGGAUCUUUAGUUUGUAUGAAAAAUUGAAAAUCCAUCCAAUGAAUGAAAAGAUACAAAUUUACAUAGAAAAAUCAUUUAUGGGCAUGAUAAAUAAUAUAUUUGCAUGAUUAAAAUAUGAAAUGGAGAAUGAAAAUAUUAUUAGCGUUACAAGAUACUAUAUAAGGUGUUAAUACUAGUAUAUAUUAGUCGUUACGUGAAUAAUUAUCGAGAUAAAAG